AAUUUGAAAUUCCACUUUGAAAGUGCUGUUCUUGCGUAGUCCAAGAAAUUCUAAUUUGGCCUACACAUGCGGUGCUGAUCUGUCAUUCUAUUAUCCACAUAACAAAAAUUACCACCAUUAUUACCCCCCGCAGAAUAGCUGUUUUACCCCCGCAGGUGUAUUUACCACCAGGUUUGGAACCAUCAAUUUUAUUGGUUCAAGCUCACUCGCUGUUUUACUUUAACACUCGACUAAACAGUUCUGCCCACACACUGUGAGUUUACUAAAUUACUCGCCACUCGACUAGAUGUAAACCAGCCUUAACUCAGCCUACAGAGAAGGCCGCUGUACGACGUUUCUUGAUAGACACCCGGAGUGGGUGAGACACUCAUCGGAGGGACUGAUACAGGAUAAAGACGCAUGGCGAAACAGCCAAUAGAAGAGUUGGGUGGAGUAAACAGCGUUACUGGAAUCAUCAGCAAAGAAGUUCCACUUAAAAAAAAAGUGUAAAACCUUCUCUGCGGUGUUGCCGGAGACAAGAACAGCGCCAGAGGACCGACGGCGCGAUGGCGCCUGCCCGUUUUCUCUCGUCUGCUGACCUCGUGACCUCCCGGUGCCUGAUUCUAUAAGGAACAUGGCGCCACCGCUGCCUGCAGGAUGCAUGUUCCUAGUCCUGGCCCUCAUCACAGACGUUAUGUUCGACGAAGUAAGGAACGUAACUGUGAAAGACGCCGUUAUCCUCAGCAACCUGUCGUACCAGGACUUGGCGAACCUGGGCUUGCGCGACGUUCCUCAGGCCGUGCCCAGAGGCACCGAGGCCCUCCUCUUCUCCGGCAACAACGUCACCAGCCUCUCGGGGCAGUUCUGGACCAGGGGGUGUCAGAAGGGAGUCACCACUGCGGGGUGCAGUCUCCUGCCGUACAUAGCGGUGCUGGACCUGUCCAACAACCUCAUAGAGACCACAGACCGCCACUGCUUCGGCGGCAUGGAAAGACUUCACCUGCUGCUCCUGCAAAACAACAGGCUCAGAACGAUCGGCCCAGAUACGUUCGCCGACAAAAGACUACUUAUUUGGCUCGACAUGUCUGGAAACAGAAUAAGUUACCUGCACCCCGAAACUUUCCAGGGUUCGAAAAAUUUGCAACACCUAUUUCUGAACUGCAACGUUAUUCGCGAUAUCCACGUCGACACGUUCAGAGGACUUGGUCAGCUACGUCAAAUGUCUCUGGAAGAUAACAAUAUCAGUGUGGUAGAUGCCCAUCUCUUCAGAGAUCUAAUAAAUCUGUACGCUCUUAAACUUGAUUUCAACUAUUUGUCGUACAUUCCCGGGACCAUAUUUUUGCACCUUAGAAAACUGCAAAUAUUUAGUGCGUCGCAUAAUAUUAUUUGGUCUUUCAGUUCGAUGUUUUUUCCUUCGGCGAGGAAUCUAAGGUCAGUGGAUUUAAGCCACAAUUCAAUUCGACACCUAUCUCGGUAUGAUUUUCAAAACUUGGAAGAAAUUGCUCAUGUGAACUUCAGUUACAAUAACUUGAAAUCCCUGUACCUGAGUCGUAUUCCAGUCGCACGUAUAGUGACCAGUAGCACAAAUUGGCUUAUUCGCAACACGAGUCUGUGCACAGGAUCAAAUGGAAAUUUCCCAUGCUUCUUUCCUAGAAAUAACUUGGAAACGGAUAAAGUGUUUCACUCCGUUGACUUUUCUUACAACAAAGUUAGCAAAAUCAUAUUCGUCAUAAGUGAUUCUUCACAUACACUAGUGAUCAUAAAGAUUUCUCUCGCAGGAAAUCGAGGUUUCUUCUUCCCAGUUUCAUUCAUAAGACAAGAGAGGUACAUAACAGCGCUGGAUCUCAACCAAACGAACCUGAGCUGGAGGAACAUGACAUUGUUCGACGAGAUCCUGCAACUUCCGCACCUCAAAUCUCUUAGUAUCUCCGGCAGCGAAGCUUGCGGACACCACAUGAAGCAGGUUCUGAUGUCCAUCUUCAACCACAACUACCGCGUACAUUUGAACUGUGAUGGAUUCCCGCCACCAACGGGAACUGACCUGUACGCGGCGCAGCCUGAUUCGUUGGACAAUUCUUCGUACGGUUUGGCAAAUAAUGGAAAUUGCAACAGUACGCCGGAAGAGAAUGGUUGGUCAGAAGUUGAUGGAGAUUCUGGUUACUUCCCGUGUCAGUAUUUCGAAUCCUUCACGACCAUCACCGUAGACUUCAUCGGCAUGAAUUACGACAUUUUCUGUGGAUACGCAGUUGACUGUUCGUACGUGAGCCUCUCUACUCUGCCGAGAAUUAAUUCUUCCGUGGACUGCAUCUUGCUCUCUCACAAUGAACUCACUUUUUUGGAACCAGGCUUCUUUCCGAACUUCCACGACCUGUGGUAUCUGGACCUCUCUUUCAACGGCCUGACUUCCUUGGGAGAAGGAGUCUUCGAGCGGCUGGUCAACCUCGUGUUUCUGAAUCUGAACGGCAAUCAGCUGUCCAGCCUGAGCUCCCACGCUUUCGAGGACCUGGUCCAUCUCACCAUGCUCACUAUGCAUGGGAACAGGAUAUCCUCCUACGACCCGGACACGUUUGGGAACCAGGCGCGUCUCCGGCUGCUGUCCGUCGACUUCCGGAACCUCACGAGGUUCCACGAAGGGACUCUCCGGAACCUUCCCGCCCUGCAGGUGCUGGAACUGAGAGAGACGUGCGAGCUGGCCACGUCCAGACAUCUCCUGGGCGCGGUCCACUUCAAGAGCCUCAGAUCCUUGAAGUCGUGCAGGAUCACCGGCUUUCUCAUCAACUCCAGCUCGCCGGGCGAUCUGUUCGAGGCAAGCGCGCUCGAUCUCCUGGAGAUCAAAGACAUUUCGAAAAUCUAG